UCAAGACGUAAAAGGGAAAAAAAAAAGUGAUAUUUUUUUCUCACUUCUUUCAUUCCUUUAUAAUACAAUGGCAUCUUUUCUCAAACCUUUCUCUCAACGAGCAACUAUAUCUUUACAACAAACAACUCGAUCUAUCGCUCCUAUCUCCUCCUCUGUAUGGACUACAUCUCCACUCACAUCUCACCAGCAUUGCUCUUUAUCCACGUUGACUCCUGCACCAGCACACUUUAUUACCACUGCUGACUAUAGUGCUGAUCAGUUAUUCAAUCUUGUUGAUCGCGCCAUACAGUUGAAGGUAGAAGCCAAGUAUCAACCUGCUCAAACUUCCCGUGAACGUCCUUUGACUGGAAAAACAUUGGCACUUCUCUUCUCCAAGCUAUCUACUCGAACGCGUGUUGCUACUGAAACAUCUGUUGCUUAUCUAGGUGGUCAUGCUAUGUUUUUGGGAUCUCGCGAUAUUCAAUUAGGAGUCAAUGAAUCAUUAUUAGAUACUUCUCGUGUUGUUAGCUCUAUGGUAGAUGGUAUCAUGGCUCGUGUUGGUGGACAUGAAGAAAUAGAACUUUUGGCCAAAGAAUCCAAAGUACCUGUGAUCAAUGCAUUAUCAGCUAAAUAUCAUCCAACCCAAAUUCUUGCUGACUUGAUGACACUCCAUGAACAUAUUCAUCACCGACAACAAGGGAAAAAGGAUCAAUAUACAGCGCAUACACAACAUCCUCGAGAAACAUUACCUGGUCUCAAAGUGGCAUGGGUAGGAGAUGCAAACAACAUCUUGCAAGAAAUGUUAGUAUCAUUCCCUAAACUAGGUAUUGAUCUCUCAGCAGCAUGUCCUCAAGGUUAUCAAUGUGAUCAGGAUGUAGUGGAUUUAGCAAAGAACGAUAGCCAAGUGACAGGAUCCAAACUUGUAUUUACAACAAAACCGGAAGAAGCCAUCAAGGAUGCCAAUGUAGUUGUUACUGAUACCUGGAUUAGCAUGGGACAAGAAGAAGAAAAAGUUAGACGACUUCGAGAUUUUGAAGGUUAUCAAGUGACAAUGGACAUGGUAAACAAAGCUGGUGCCAAAACUGACUGGUCAUUUAUGCACUGUCUACCUCGAAAAGCUGAAGAAGUGGAUGAUGAGGUAUUCUAUUCUGAUCGAUCUCUUGUUUUUCCAGAAGCUGAAAAUCGAAAGUGGACAAUCAUGGCGGUGAUUGAUGCAUUGAUGGUGAAAGGUGGUAUUUAAAAGAAAAAAAAAAGAUCAGACCAUUUGAUCAUAGUGAUACAUUCUUUCCUGUUUAGAUUUUUAUUUGGCAUAAUAUCUCUUCCUUCUUUCUUUUAUCAGUAUCAUCUCCUUUUCUUUUUUGACAUUGUUUAUCAUACCAUAACUUGUUAUUAUUGAAAUAAAAAAAAAAUGAAUAUGUUUGUAGACAACUUUGUCAUA